CGAGAGAAGGCGGAGAGAAGCCGAGCAGGGACACCACGGCACCGCGGGCACACCGGCCGAGUUGCAGCGACUCCUCUGCACAGGACCGGAGCGUCAAGAAGCGCAGGACACCCGUGGGGAGCUCCCGCUUAGCCGAAGACGAGGAGGCGGAAGAAAAAGGGGGAGAGAGGGGGGCAGCUACUCUGAAACUACCGUGAGGAAUUACAGGGAGCCAGCGUCACGGCAGCUUUCACCCAGAAGUUGACCUACAGAAGAUAAUAUGCUGAUGUCCUGAGCUGAGGGCGCCCUGACUUCAUCCUCAACCUGUCUCUUGCCUCAGUUUGUUUCACCAAACGGGAUCAACUCUGCAUCAUUCAGCGAACACCAACCACCACCACCUCCACCUUUUCCCCAUCCCCUCCUGCCCAGCCUGCCACCACCAUGACGUCGGAGCUGGAGAGUAGCCUGACCUCCAUGGAUUGGCUUCCUCAGCUGACCAUGCAGGCGGCCAUCCGCAAGGCAGAUGCUCAAAAUGCCCACGGGCCAGGCAUGGGCAAGAAAAGUGCCCUACUGGAUCCUAACACCACGUUGGACCAGGAGGAGGUGCAGCAGCACAAGGACGGCAAGCCGCCAUAUAGCUAUGCCAGUCUUAUCACGUUUGCUAUCAACAGCUCGCCAAAGAAGAAGAUGACUCUGAGCGAGAUCUACCAGUGGAUCUGUGAUAACUUUCCCUACUACAGGGAGGCAGGCAGUGGCUGGAAGAACUCAAUACGGCACAAUCUGUCUUUGAACAAGUGUUUUCUCAAAGUGCCUCGCUCCAAAGAUGACCCUGGAAAGGGCUCUUAUUGGGCCAUCGACACCAACCCAAAGGAGGAUGCCUUGCCUACACGGCCAAAGAAGAGGCCGCGUUCUGGAGAGCGAGCUUCCACGCCGUACAGCCUGGAGUCUGAGUCUUUGGGGAUGGAGUGUAUGAUCUCUGGAAGUGCCUCUCCAACGUUGGCAAUCAACACUGUGACUAACAAGGUGGCAUUGUACAACACAGACCAGGAGGGGAGCGACAGUCCAAGAAGCAGCCUUAACAACAGCCUGUCUGAUCAGAGUCUGGCCUCUGUCAAUCUCAACAGUGUGGGCAGUGUUCACAGUUAUACACCGGUGACCACUCACCCAGAGCCCGUGUCCCAGGCUCUGAGCCUCCAGCAACCCCCACAGUACAACAUGCCAGACAGGGACAAGCAGCUCCUGUUCUCUGAAUUUGAAGAUCUCAGUGCCUCCUUCCGCAGCCUUUACAAGUCUGUUUUUGAGCAGUCCUUCAGCCAACAAGGUCUCAUGGGACUACCGUCAGAUUCAUCCCAGCAGACCCACACCUCCUGCUCCUAUCAACACUCCCCCAGUGGCACCAUAAGUACACAGAACAACCUGUCAAACAACCAACCCAACAACCACCCCAACAGUCACCCCGCCAACAGUGGCCAGGUGCCCCUGUCCCAUCCUGCUCAAGCCCACCCUGGCCACGGCUCGCCCCAUGCGCCGCACCUCCCGCAGCACGGCGGCCCCCACAACCAACACAGCCAACACGCUCAGCACAGCCAACACAGUCAGCACCAACAGCACCCCCAGCACCCCCAGCACGCUGCUCAUUCCCAGCACGGGCAGCACCCAUCGCAACAUCCGUCCCACGGCCAGCACCCGCAGCAGCACACGCCGCACCCCUCGCAACACACGCAGCACAGCCAGCACCCUCCUCAACACGGGCAACAGCAUCAGAGCCUCUCCCACCAGCCCCAUCCUACCCAGCAACAGAUGGCCUGCAACACAGGUUUACUGUCUGACUGGUAUCCAAAUCUGGAUGCACUGAAAGAAAGCUGCCGUAUUGCUAGCAGCUACAACUGGGCUGAUGUCGACCUUUCACCUUUCCAAGGUUUAAGAGACAGUAUGAGACAAGCUGAGUUGAACAACUGGUCCCUGGAGCCCACCCAGAUCGCAGACCUCUGCUCGUCCAUCAAUCAGUUUUUUGCCCGCACCGGUGUAAUCCAGCCACAGGGGGCAGUGCAGCCCUCAGUUUGCCUCGGCUCCAUGCACCCCAACAAACCCAGCCAGCACCUCAACACAGGAAAUCUCUACAUGGACUCCAGACAGAGCAUGUCCAUGAUGGGUCCUCCAGGAUACCCCCACUUGCCCCCCAUGAACAGCGCAGGACCCACGAUGACAGGACACCACGCACAGAUGAACCAGCAGCACAUGAUACCUACCAGAAACUUCCAGAUGCAUCGUAUGCCAGCUGACGACAUCCAGGACGACUUUGAUUGGGACUCCAUUGUCUAGCCCCUAGACCUCCUUUUUUUUGCAAAGAAUGGGGAGCAAGGAGAGGAGGAGGAGGCUGGAGGAAGAAGCCAGGCUGAGCUGAACGGCUGCAACAGGAGGAGGAGGAGAAAGAGGCCGUUGUGGGUGGGAUGCAGAACAUUUGAUACGCUCUGGAGAAAGACAGACUUCAGAGUCCUGACAUUUUUACAAAAGCAAAACAAACAUAGAAAAUGUUAAACUUUGAAGACAAUCAUAUAUAGUCGGACAUGUCAAUGUGAUUGCAUACAUACUUGUCUAGAGGCAAGUAGAACACAUUCACGUCUAAACCACAUGCUCCUCAGCUCCUCAGCCAGCCCUCUCCCCGUCCCCAGCCAGCAGCCUUCCAAAGUCUGAACCCCUCCCCCCCGACUGACCCCCUGCUCCGUAACUGUUAUGUGAUUUGAGCGACGUGUUCAGCUUGUAAUUCUUCUCGUGUUGACAUUGGCCUCAGCUGUCUCUUGGAUGAGUUUAUCUCUCUUUUUUAGAUUUUCUUUUUGUUUUGCUUUGUUUUUUUGUUUUUUUUUGUUUUGAGGAAACACAGGCCGUCUGAGUAAUGUAAAAGUGCUUGUUGGUCACUUUUUGGGAGAAAGAGAAAGCCCCACUGUGGCUGAAUCGGUGGUGAAAGUCAGGUUUACAAUAACUGAGGUUUUGUAUAGGGUGUUAAAUUUUAAGGCUUGAUAUUAAACAAACCAAGGGAGAGAGAUAGUGACAGAAAGAGAGAUCAUAGAGCGCGUUGUGAUCUGUUUUCACAACCAACCAAUGUGAUCAGGCUCAUUGCAGCAGACAGGUAAUGGGAUUACAUUUUCUAAGUUUUCUGUGUCUCAAGAUGAGUGAACAUGUCGAGUGUGAGUCGAUUGUGAUGCCAGGGAAGUCAGACAUUUUGUCUUUUUUUUAAACUUCAUUAAACUCAAAGGAAGCGGAUGUUAAGUUUCUCUGUGUGCAUCGUGCACGCUUAUAUUUGCUCCACCAAUCAGAAGCUGUCAUAACAUUACAGUUUUAAUGGUUAAAAUGUUCAGUUUUACUCGAGAAGCCAAUUGAUCAUCAAAUAAGCCAGCAUCAGUCCAUAACCAUUCAAAUGAGUCCGACCGACAACUUACAUCCGGUCUCAGUUUCUCGCAGAUCGAUCAGUAUCGGCAUAUAUGUCAGCCAAUAAGUGAGAAUAAAAUUACACUUGGCACAAAAAUACCAAAUAUGUCAUUAUCUACUCAGCAAAUAUGACCAUAAUUCUUGAAUGAAAGACGGACUAGAUUGAUUGGUGGAUUUUGAUAAACCAUGUUAAGCUGCCCAUCCUCUGCCUGUAGCUCUGUAUACACUGACUCUUCUCAUCUUAAUUUUCCAAUAAAAGCCAUUAAUCAUAUUUCCCCCAAAAAGUUUAAAAUAUCCAUUUGUAUCGGAAUCCAAUUAUACUAAAUUAUGAUAACAGAAUAAGAUCAGGUUGGCAAUUUUUAGUUUAGAGUAAUUGUUUUAACCUUCACUGACUUGAAACAAUUAAGAGACAAUAAACAAAAAGCUCACUUAAGCUCUUGUGGAAAACCUUCAGUGUUAUUUGUCACUUUUGACAUUUGAGUUAUGGAUUUGAGUCCUUUUUUUAAAACUCAUUUGAGUUUGCUAUUAUACAAUCAUAACAGAAUGAGAAAUGUGAUUCAUACAGUACAUGCAGUGUGUGUAUUUGUGUGUGUGUGUGUGUGAGAGCGUUUUGGUUUUAUUGUAAAGUUAGGGCUAUGAUGCAAUCAUCUCUGUACUAUCUAUGAGCACAAAAGCAGAUGCACACAGUGAUUUAAAGACUAGAUUAGAGAUUUUGUGUUUGAAUGAGAAAGGGUUUCUCAAGCACAGAACAGGGAGAUCAGUGGUUGUGGAAACUUUUCCUCUGUGUCCUGUAACAAGUGACUCGUCAAUCAGCCCGGAGCUGAAUGUCAGAGACACAAUGUUAGGAAAAAAAAGCCCUUUGCACACUCUUUCUUUUUGUUGACCUUAACCGUUUUCAAAGAUGCAAAGCAGCUCCUGGUUCUAGAAGCAAUUCACUCCCACAGUGAGACUAUCUGACCCCUAGUGACAAAUAGGGGGCAUUGUCUACACUUGAUGAUGAGAAACUGCUGAGCUGUGUGUGUGGUGCUUUGCAUCUGUAACACUGUGUGUCCCUGUUUGAAGAAGUAAUUAAAUGCUUUCACCACUCACAUGUUAAUAUGAAGCAACAGAAAGGAGAAGGUUAGUGUCAAUGAAUUUGUAAUGUUAACACCUUUUUAUACCUUUUUAAUAUUGUGUACGAGUUAUAUAAUGCCCAACACAAAACCUCAAUCAUUGAAUCUAAAGUAUUCCUGCAGAGGCCUUCACACCUCUCAGGUCAGCUGUCUGUAAAGCAGGGUUUUGGUCAGACAUAGUAAAAGUCCUACACGAUAUUAAAGGUAUUAAAAUGUCUGAAUCAGGGUUUAUUGGCAAGUAGGUUUGCACAUACAUUGAAAUUGCUGAAGUUUGUAUGUGCAUAAGCAAAAAUCGAACCCAAGGGAACAGUAUAAAAUAUGUGUAAUAUGAACGGUGGAUAUGUACAAUUUGACGUACAUAUAGAGGGAAGUUUAAGUUUCACAGUCAAGGUGUAAAGGCAACAAAUUCACUAAGCUCAGCACAAAGUCUGGGAUAGGAAUGCUAGGCUAAGCUAAGCUAUCCCUCAUCAGUCUGUAGCUUCAUAUUUGCAGUACAGACAUGAGUGUUUUAUCAGUAACAAAGAAGGCAAAUGAGAUUAUUUCCCAAAAACUUUGACCUUGAGACAAUUCAUCUACCAGAACUCUCAUAGGGACUAUUGUUUUAAUAUCUGGAAGACAAUCAUGGAUUUUUUUUAAAUGAUAUUGCAUAAUGUCUUUUGUUAUUGUGAGAACAGGCACUUUUCAAGUCUCUGUUUUAUUGGAUAUUACAGAACCAUACGUUUCAACACGGAACCAGCCCGGUUUGACACUGUUGAUCUCUCUUUUGAACCAUGAAGUCAUAUUCUCUUCUUUCAAUUGAUACUGCCGUUCAUUUUUAUAUUUCCAGCUAAUAUUCUUUUCUGUUGUUGUCGUUUUUCUUACCAAUCAUUCACUCCUGCUUCCUCCACCUCUCGUGGUCAAUCCUCGCCUGUGGAUCUCAACUACGAGUUUUUAAAAAGUUUUGUUCUACUGCCAGAAUUUCCUACCUAGUGUUCGGACAUUUAAGGUAUGUGUGGAUUCAAAGGACUGCAACCGAAGACAGCAGUGGGGGGAAAAGAGCAGCGGUGUGUAUUCUUUUGGACUCUGCGGAGCUGAAAUAAACCGUGAACAUCCUGUGAGUCCCUGGGUUUGCGGAAGAUGACGAGAGGUUGGGCUCUUCCAGGUGAAGACAAGUGAACGAGCGAGCUGCCAUUUGAGCACAUCAGCCCGAGGGACGAAAAAAAAAAAAAACGUUUAUUAAAAAAACGGGGGGGAAAGGUGAAGACAAUGACUGGAUCACAAUCACAAUUUUACAUUUUGUCUGUAUGUGUGUGUUUGUGUGUGUUUGCUUGUGUGAGUUGAAUUUCUUUUUUUCUAAAAGAUGAUUUAGGUUUUAAAUACCGCUGGACAUGUACCUGCCAGAGAGAUUAUUAUUAUUGCGGAAAAAAAAGAUGAAAAGAUGAAAAAAAAAAAAAGCCUUGUUACAAUAUGGGAAAGAACUGCCAACAAGUACUGCUGAUCGGGGCCUAUUUUAUUCAGUGCUGGUGUGUCGUGCUUGUAUAUAUAUGUCUUUUCAAUCAUCCCUUUUUUCCUCUUGGGGGUGGGGUAUGGAGACAGGGGGUGGAUCUUCUUCACAAAAGAGAGGAGGGAAAAGAAUAGAGUAUUUUGUUAUCGUCCAAUCAGAGGGUGACAGUAUGUAUAUAUCUAUAUUGUAUAUAUGUGAUGAAAAUGCGUUGGCUUUUUGUGUGACACUACCUUUUACCUGUACUAUGGUUCUACAUUCAGUGUUUCAGUGUUGAUAAUAUAUAUUUGGUUUGUGUUUUUUUUUUUUUUUUGAUUUUGUCUUUGUCAUUUCUUGUAUUUUUUUCCCUCCUAUUUGUCCUUUUUGUUUAUUGCACGGUUUAUUACUUUUGUUGUCCGAUGAGGUGACACAGCUACUCUUUGUAUUCGUUUAGUGCUGUAAAAUAACUCAAGUGUUAUUAGAAUUGUCUAUACCACCGCCCACCCCACCCCCUUCCCCAAUAUGCAUGAAUGGCACUUAAAAGAAAUAAAAUAUGGUAACUUCA